AUGUCGACGAUAGAGAAGGCUUUGAUUCAGAUCUUCGAGAGGAAGAAUCGAAUAAUCGAUAACGUGAAGCUGCAAAUCCCUCUCUUCGAUCACCAACUCGCUUCCAAAUGUCUCAUCGAUGGCUUCGUUCCUCCGCCUUGGCUCCUCUCCUCUUUUUCAUCCGAGUUGAACAAGGAAGAUAUCAUCUCAGGACUCCUACUACCACGGUCACAAUCUUCCAUUCCGUACUGUUCUCUGUAUCAACAGCCGGUUGUUACAAAUGAUAAUGUACAGUUACCCUCUGUUUUAUGCUCCCAAUUUGAUGCUUCAAAUGAAGGCUUAGAUAAGUUCCUUUAUGAUAAAGCCGGUGAGCUGGAUCCUAGUGUUACAUCUCCUCCACAAGAUCGUAGAUAUGGAAUGGUCUCAGAUAUUUGUCCUGACCCUUGUUUAUCACUGGUAAGAAUCCAUAGAUCUAAGUCUAGGCAACGUGCUUUAGAGCUUCGAAACAGUGCAAAGAAAAUGUGUAAAAAAGGUGAGAGCUGUGACAAGAAUUGUGAUGCUUGCAAUAGUCAAAACAACGUUCCCAAGAUUUCAUCUUUACAGUCUGGUCCUGUGGAUAAGAUGGAAUUGAUCAGAGCUGGAGGUAAUGUUGUGAGUUAUGAGGUGGAAAAGGAAGAAAGAGGACAAUACAAGAGCAAGGAAAGAAGUGGUAUUUUUUACUCUGGUAGAGUGACAAGAUCAAGAAGUUCUGUCCAACCUUCCAAGUUCCAAAGUGGGCCUUCAGGUGCAGGCAACACUUCUCAUGUUGCUAAGCAGGAUGAGGUGGCACCUAGGGAAUCCAUCCGCAAUUCAGGAGAACAGCAUGUUGUUAAUCAUGAGUUAUUGGAAUUAGGAUUUGUUGAACCUGUUGAUUCUACUGAAAGUUGUGUAGUGAAAAAUGAAAAAAGAGGUCAAUGCUGGAGCCAGGGAAGGGGUGAAGAUAUUUGCCCCGGUAGAAUCACAAAGUCGAGAACUGUUCAUCCUCCAAUUUCUGCAAGUAGUCCUCCAAGUUCAGACAAGAGCUUUUGCGUUGCAAAGCAGGAUGAUAUUUUGCUUACAGAAUACAUUAACAAAUCAGGACUACAGCCUGAUGCUGCUGAUGAAUUAUUGCAAUCCAUAAAGCCAGUUGAUAAUGCUGGUGCUUGUGUAGCAACAAAGGAAGAAAGAGAUCAAUACCAGAGCAAGGAAAGGGGUGGAAAUAUUUAUUCUGGUAGGGUCACAAGAUCUAGAAGUUCUGGCCAAUCUCCCAAGUCUGUAAAUGGGCUUUCAUGCACAGGCAAAACUUCUGAAGUUGCAAAAUUUGAUGGCAAUAUAUUUCUAGAAAGCAUCAGCGGUAUAAAAGAACAGCCUGGGGUUGUUGACAAUUUAUUGGCAUCGUUAAAACCUACUGCUAUCUCUGAUGAAACAUGUGUUUCUAAGGAAGGAAGAGACCACCGAAGCAAGGAAAAGGAAAGCAAUGUUUAUCAAAGAAGAUUUACAAGAUCCAGAAGUUUUAGCCAACAUCAUAACUUUGUAAAUGAAAAUUUGAAGCUGUAUAGUUGUCCUGACAGGAGCAUCAAUGAUGGCAUUUGCAAUUCAAUGCAGCUUCCCUGCCAUGUUAAUGAUCUUAAUGAGUUGAUUAUGCCUUUCAAUAUCACCAAUGAAGGUUGUGAGGUAAAGGCCCAAAUUCAUAACCAGACACUGGAGAAAGCUGUUGUAGAUCAAAAUAAUGAUGGUAGUACCAGGUCAAGCGCUGAUUCUUGUGCAAAGUUGUUUAAACUUGAUUCCUCUAAUACUCAGGAGAAUAAAGUUUCACAAUCCAAAUCAACAGCUUCCAACCAGUUCCUAUGUGCAAAGUCAUCAGUGAAGUCUGAAGUGGAUGGACAUAUGGAAGUUUCUGUAACUCAAGUAGAUUCCUUGCCUUGUAUUGAUGGUAGUGCUCUUGCUGAAUUGGAUCAAUGUGAUGCAUUUGUUGCAGACACUGAUGCAGAUUCUGGUGAGCUAGUUGAGGCUUCAGCUAGUUCUGCCUCUAACUUGGAUGAUGGUAACAAUUCUUCUCUUAUCAAGUCAUUGAAUAGGUAUGGAAGAGUUGAGUUGGAAGCUACAGGAAAAAGUUCACAAUCUUCAUCUGCUAUGAAGGUGUUGCCCAAGGAACUUGAUUUUAAUGAUUCGGGGGAGUGCACUGUGAAGGAAGCUUCUAGUCUUAUAUUGAAGAGUGAAAACAUAAUCAACUCAUUGGAGAAGAGUUCUCUUACACCUCUUCCUUGUGCUGAUAACCUGGUUGAAGUAACUUCUGUGCACUACGAAGAAAAACACAACUCAUCCCAUGAGAAGCAGUUGCAGGAGGAGCAAGAAGCUUUCUGCAAUGAAGAGAAACUGUCUGAAACAGCUUUUAGCAAGACAUCUGGUGGUAGAGCUUCCAAUUUAAAUGUUUUCUGCUCAGAAAAAGACACACCUGACGCUUGUACGGAUGCUGUAACAAGUUCUGAGCCUGAAAGCAAUGAAAUUUCUGAGCAGGAAACUUUCAUGGAAAACCUUCCAACUACCUUUGGAGUUUCUUAUGAUGCUUUGCAUGGAAAUUUGUUACAGGAUGUUGCAAGAUCUAAUAUAAAUGUUGAUUCAGGGAUAGAUCAUCUCUUUGAGAAGGAUUGUGGGAAGGUUGCAGUAAAAUCCGUAAUGUUGGCACCGGAAGCUAGUGAUCUUCAUCUUAAUACUGAUUUAUGUAGGGGUCCUGCGAUUUGUAGCCUUCCCCUGCUAAGGGUAGCAGAUGCAACUUCCAAUGAUGCAAUUGGGCAUUCUAAUGCUGCUGCAUUUGAAGAAACAAAGGGCCAUUCUCUGAAAGAGAAGAGGGAGUCAAGUCCUUCUCAAAAUAAAAAAGAAGUUACAAUGGGAAGAUCUAUUGCUGGUGACAUUGAUUUCGUUCUUGAUCAAACACAUGCAAAAUCAAGGAACAAGAAGGUUUCAGUUCAGUCCAUACGCCAAGGUAAACAUUCUAGCUCCCAUGUGGAGGGUUCAUGGCCAUGUAAGCGGAGGAAAAUUGAUGAUCAACAAAAUAAUUCCCUGUCUUUUUCAUUAAGCUUGAAGGAAGAAGAUGCUAAGCAAUUAAGUGCUAAGUUUUUAGCUGAUGAAGAACAAAAUGGGGGGAAAUAUAAUCGAAAAGAAAGGGGAGGAAGGGAAAACAUCUCUUCAAGUUUGCGCAUAGAGACCCUUGAAAACUUUGACCACUCAGUGGACGGAACAGGAGUGGCAGAUUCAUCCAGCUUCAUGGUUGGUUCAACAAGGAAAUGCACUGCAGAUGAGAACAAAAUCAUAUUGAAUUUUUGGGAUAAAUCUGAAUUUGAAAAUAUAGAACAUUUGGCUUAUGAUGAAAGGAGCAACAAAGAAAGCAAAUGUCAUCUAGGAGAUGUUGAGUUUUCAACUUCUCUCAUCAGUUCUUCUUGUCGACUACCUUCAGAUUUGAUCGGUGCAGAUCAAAGCAGACCAGAACUUGAGGGGUUUAUUAUUCAGACAGAUGGUAAACGAAUAUGCAAGGCCGAAGAAGGCAUUAGCUUUGAAAAUUUUCACCUUCCAAAUACUACAAUAGGACGUGCUAGCCUUCUGGAACAGCUUUGCAAAUCUGCUUGUAUUCAUACCCCAUUGCCCCAAUUUCCAUACACUUGCUUUGGUGAAGAAACAAACCGUGCAACUGGUCUUUAUCAGUCUGUUCCUAAUGGACUUCUAGAAUGCAUGGACCUGAGGAGCAGUGUUCCCCAAAAUGAUGAUAGGAAAAGUCACCUUAAAAUCAGCAGUAGUUGCUUUGGAGAGGAAACAAAUCGUGCAUUUCUUGGGGGAGGCUUUUUUGAUUGCUUUCCAUUGUCUGGUUCUCAACUCACUGGAAAUGAGAAAAAUCCUUAUCUUUCUCCAGUGGGCAAGUUCUGGGAUAGAAUCACAUCAAACACUGACAGUUCUGAGAAGCGAGGUAGUCUAAAGCCAGAGCUGCCCAGCAUUAACGAAGAACAUGAGAUCACGGAAGAGGUGGUUGAUGCAUUUCAGGAAGCCACUGCUUCAAAAACAGUGACUUCCUCUGCCAAAAGGGAACCACUUACUGAGAUUAGGGAAUGUCCCAAUGCUCCAUCGGUUUCUGAAGCUGAAAUAUUUAAUGUUAGAGAUAGCCUGGACUCUGUGAACACAGCCUACAGCUUCAUUGGGACUGAGAAGGGGACCAAGCAAAAGGUUCGAAAACACAAUGCUACAAAGAGGAGAGAUACAAAUAAGUCGAGACAAAACUGCAGUAUAGCAUCAGUGGCAAAUUCUACCAAAAGGGCAAGUGAAUCACUUCGUAAUAGGUUCAGUAAACCAAAACUAUCUGAGAAAAUUAAUCCAAGAAAAGGUGGGCCAAGUUUCUCUCAAAAGGAGUCAAAGAUCAAUAACAUAGUUUCAAAUGUCGCUUCGUUUAUUCCUACCGUUCAGCAAAAACAAGCAGCUUCCAUUGCUACUGGGAAAAGGGAUGUUAAAGUGAAGGCUCUGGAGGCUGCUGAAGCUGCUAAGAAACUUGCAGAACAAAGAGAAAAUGAACGCAAAAUUAAGAAGGAGGCAUUGAAACUUGAACGGGCGAGGUUGGAGCUUGAAAACUUGAGGCGGUUGGAGUUCGAGAGGAAAAAGAAAGAAGAAGAAAGAAAGACAAAAGAGGCUAGUAUGGCCGCUAAGAAGCGACAGAGGGAGGAAGAAGAAAGGUUGGAGAAAGAAAGAAAAAGAAAGCGUCUGGAAGAAGCACGGAGACAGCAGCGUGGCCCUGAAGAAAAAUUAUGUGCAAAGGAUGAGAAAGAAAAAAAUUCCCAAGCCCCGGAUGAGAGAUCACAAACAAUAAAGGUUCCUAAUAGUGAUGCAUUGAAGCAUGAGAAGAUGCAAAAAGCAGGAGCAAGUGAAGGAAAAAUGUCGACUGGGGAAUUUGGCACAGUUGUUUCUUCAACUUCUGACGCUGUAAAAGCAAGCACGGCCACUGAAGAUUUUAAUGCGAAGGUAAUAAGGACCUUGGAUAGAGUAAAAGGGAGUGAUAACCAAAAUGCAGACAUGAAUAUUGAACAAUCAUAUGAUAUUUCUCCAUACAAAUGUUCUGAUGACGAAGAAGAAGACGAUGACGAUGAAAAUGAACCUAAUAGAAAAUUUGUUCCUUCAUGGGCCAGUAAAAUUCGUGUGGCUCUGGCUAUUGUUUCCCAGCAAAAUGUAAAUCCAGAAGCAAUAUUUCCCCCAGAAAGCUUUAGCAGCAUUGCUCAAGUUGUUCUCAUUCGUAGUUCUCUUGCCAAGAAAAUUCCAGCAAAACGGUGCGAGUUAAAUUGGAUGGUUGAAUGA